UUGCGACCGUGUAUACGUCGCACGCACGAGCCAUGAAUUGAGCUCGCGUUCGCUCGUGCCGCGUCGUCGUUUAAUCCUUUUUUUUUAAUUUAUUCUGUUGCGUGCAUCUUUUUUAUUUUACAUUUUGCACUGACGCGCGGAACAAAUACGGAGUUGUAUAUUUGAGAAAUCUGACAGUAAAAAAAAGUGCGGGGACCUACCAUAAUAUAUAUAAAUACACAUAUAUAUAAUUUGCGUGCAAAGUGCGUGUCCCUGUGAUCCCUCUCUCUCUUCCUCACUCUCUCUCUCUCUCUCCUUAAAAGAGCGCGGGUGAAAGAGAGCGAGGGACAGAGAGAAGUAGACGAGGUAAAAAAAAAAAGAAAAAGGAAGGAGAGGGAGAGAAAACGGCGUGCGAUGGCUGUGAGGCCACGCAUCGGCCCUUCCGGUAGUGAACGCGCUUCCGGGAAUGCCGAGUACCUCACCGGGAUAUCCGUCGUACGAUGGACUGCCAGGAGUACGCUCGUCGUCGCGACGGCGUUCGCCAUCCUCCUCGGAGUCGUCGAUGUCGCGGGCAUCAGGACGGGCGAUGGCUGCGGGAAUAACAUGUUCAGGUGCAACGACGGCAAAUGUAUACAGUCGAUUCUGGUAUGCGAUUAUCGUGGGGACUGCGACGACAACAGCGAUGAAAUGCAAUCAUGUCCGCCGCCCGAUUGCGAGAUAGGCCAGAUCACAUGUGGCCAGUAUAGUUUCAACAAAACGUAUUGUAUACCACCGCAUCAACGAUGUGAUAUGACUGUCGAUUGCGUCGACGGCACUGAUGAAGAUGGCUGUACAUACAGAAAAUGCCAGCCAGAUGACUUCAGGUGCGUUGGAACCACACCAGAACUUUGUAUACCUAAAGAAAAGAAGUGCGAUGGUUACCUGGAUUGCCGGAAUGGUAGGGAUGAGGAAAGAUGCGAAAAUAAUAUGAAGCCAGCCUGUCGAUUGGAUCAAUUCAGGUGCAAUACUACGCAACGCUGCGUCGAGCAAACUGCGAGGUGCAAUCACUGGGACGACUGUGGUGACAACAGCGACGAGGAACACUGCAGUUUCCCACCUUGCACCAGUGAUCAGUUCCGAUGCGCCAAUGCGCUCUGCAUUCCGAUAGCAUAUCAAUGUGAUGGAUAUAAAGAUUGCCAGGAUGGUUCCGAUGAGAAGUCUUGCACAAUGACACUCUGUCCAGGAAAUAAGUUUAUGUGUCCGAAAGGUGCAGCGGAUGGAAAACCAUUAUGCAUCAAUCGAUCUCAGCUAUGUGAUGAAAAACAAGAUUGUGAGGACGGGGCGGACGAGGAAGCGGCAUGUUCGACAAGUAUGUGUGGCUCACUUGGUUGCCAGCAUAAAUGUCAAGCCUCUCCUACUGGAGGAACUUGUUAUUGUCCCGAAGGAAGAAUACUUGCCAAUGAUUCACGGACUUGCGUUGAUCGAGACGAGUGCUCCGAGUGGGGCUUCUGUGAACAACUGUGCGAAAAUACUGACGGCUGGUAUUCGUGUUAUUGCGCGCCCGGUUACAUUCUUCAUGGACUCAACAAGUGUCGCGCCCAGAAUACCUCUUCCUUGGAGCUUCUACUCGCGCAAGAUCGCGCAAUAUGGCGAUUAAGCUCGACCGGCGAGGAUCGAAGAAUAAUUGCAAACGCUACCGGUGCAAGCGGGGUGGACUAUUUGUACUCGCGAAAUCUGCUUUUUUGGAGCGACAUGAAGACACGGAAGGUUCACUCGGAAUCUCUCAAUCUCGGUAGCGACACGCCAGCUAAAGUGGACAUCAGUAUGGCGGGUUCCUGGGGACCAGUGUCCAUCGCGAUAGAUUGGAUUGGCGAGAAACUCUACGUGGCGGAUUCUAUUGUGCAAAAAGUGGACGUAUUCGAGCUGGAUGGACGUUACCAUGGAAUAGUAGUGGGUUCCAAUCUCACCAACCCGACUGACAUCGCGCUAGAUCCCACGAAAGGCCUCAUGUUCAUCGCUGAUAGCAAGCAGGUCCUACGCACCAACAUGGAUGGUACUAAUGCGUUCCCUGUUGUCUCCGAAGCAGCUUAUAAGGUUUCCGGCGUGGCCGUUGACAUUAUUGCUAAAAGGAUAUACUGGUGUGACUCCCUGUUGGAUUACAUCGAAACGGCAGACUAUAGAGGACACAACAGAGUAAUGAUUCUCAGAGGUUCUCAAGUACCAUCUGCAAUCAGACUUACUCUCUUUGAAAACAGGAUAUUUUGGACAGACGGCACCAAACAGGCUGUCAUGAGUGUUGACAAGACUCAGGGAGAUUAUUCCAUCCAAAGUGUAUUCAAGAUACGCGACGCUAAAGCUAUAAAAGCCUUGCAUCCACUCUCGCAACCUAGCGUCUCCAAUCCCUGUGGCAAUAAUAAUGGUGGUUGUCAACAUAUGUGCAUUGUCACGGCCUCCAGUGAUCAAAACAAUCGAUUAGGCUAUCGCUGCGCUUGCCACAUCGGAUGGCGAUUGGCAGGUGACAUGAGGAACUGCAAUUUAGUGCAGGAGUUUCUCAUGUAUUCGCAACAGAGGUUUAUUAAAGGUCGCGUACUCAAUCCCGUAAUGGAAGGGUUUAGCGAUGCUAUUCUACCAGUUGUAUCCAGGCGGGCACGAUUCGUUGGACUAGACUACGACGCACACGACCAGUACAUCUAUUAUAGUGAUGUUCUUCAGGAUGUUAUAUACAGAGUACACCAGAACGCGACUGGACGCGAAAUUGUUCUGGCUAGUCAAAAUGAAGGGGUGGAAGGGCUUGCAGUUGACUGGGCUGCAAAGAAUCUGUACUACAUCGAUUCACGUAAAGGCACACUAAAUGUGCUCAGCACUCGGAAUGUCACCUAUCGGCGAACACUACUGAAAAAUCUGAAGCGUCCUCGCGCGAUCGUAAUUCAUCCAAACCAAGGUUAUAUCUUCUUCUCCGAAUGGGACCGUCCGGCUAACAUCAGUAGGGCCCACGCUGAUGGUUCCAACCUGGUUGUCUUCAGAAAUCUAACUCUGGGUUGGCCAAAUGGAUUGGCGAUCGAUUUUACUGAAGAUCGAUUGUAUUGGUGUGACGCUCUCCUGGAUCACGUGCAGCACUCAAACUUGGACGGUACGGAUGUACGAACGGUGAACUCCAGACUGAUACGACAUCCGUUUUCCAUCGCUAUUCACGAGCAUUGGAUGUAUAUCACCGAUUGGCGUCUUGAUGCUAUUAUUCGUUUACAUAAAGAAACUGGCGAGCAGGAAGCUAUUUUGGUCCGUGAACCUGCUACUAAUAGACUUUACGGCGUGAAAGUUUUUAGCCGUGACAUUCAGAGAACGACAAAUAAUCAUCCUUGUACUAUUAACAACGGUGAUUGCGAAAAACUUUGCUUUGCUAUUCGGGAUAAUUCUUCGCGUUCUGAUAUCAUGUUCCCUGGUACGCAAUCAAUACCAAGGCUCACUCAAGUAUGCGGAUGUCCUUAUGGAGAACGUCUUCAAGGCAAUAGUAGGAGUUGUGCAGCAGAUCCUGAUGGGGAACCACCUUUGCAGGCGUGUCCACAUACUUGGGAUUUUACUUGCGCAAACCAGAGGUGCGUCCCAAAAUCCUGGGUAUGCGACGGUGAAAAUGAUUGCCUCGACAAUAGUGACGAAAUGCAAAACUGCACAAAACCGACGUGUAGCGCAAACGAGUUCCAAUGCAAAUCAGGUCGUUGCGUACCGAUGACAUUCCACUGCGAUUCCGAGAACGAUUGUGGUGAUUAUAGUGAUGAGAUGGGUUGUCCGAAUGUGACUUGUAGCGCAAAUCAAUUCGCUUGUGCCAAUAAUCGCUGUAUCCCCGCAACUUGGAAGUGCGAUUCCGAGAAUGACUGUGGUGACAGCUCCGAUGAGGGUGAAUUUUGCGCAGCAAAAACUUGUUCGUACUUUCAGUUCACCUGUCCACGCUCCGGUCACUGCAUACCGCAGUCCUGGGUAUGCGAUGGUGAUAGUGAUUGUUUCGACCGACAAGAUGAAAUGGAUUGUCCACCAGUUACUUGUCUUAGCACACAAUUCACAUGCGCAGAUCAAAAGAUGUGUGUCUUAGCAUCGUAUAAGUGUGACGGCAUUAGCGAUUGCAAUGAUGGAUCAGAUGAAGUAGGCUGCCCAUCAUUAGCACCGGAUCAGUGUAAUACUGACAAACAGUUCCAGUGUGUCAGUUCAGCUAUCUGCAUACCGAAAAGCUGGUACUGCGAUGGUACUGCGGAUUGUCCUGACAAAUCCGAUGAACCAGAAUCAUGCGGAAAGGUCGACUGCCAGACUGGAUUUUUCAGAUGCCGAAAUGAGAGAUGCGUGUUCAAGGCAUAUAUCUGUGAUGGAAAAGAUGAUUGUGGAGAUGGAUCCGACGAAGACAUCGAACUGCAUGCAUGCGGUCCUCCUACAUUCAAGUGCGACUCCCAACAAUGGAAGUGUCCAAACGUAAAGAAUCGUUGCGUGAAUACAACCAGCGUAUGCGACGGUAAAUUAGAUUGUCCCAAUGGAGCGGACGAAGGACCCGGUUGUGACACCGCCGAAUGUCGCCAUCAAGGUGGAUUAUGUACCAAUGGUUGUAUUCAAACUCCAUUUGGUGCGCAAUGCACCUGUCCGGCUGGCGAGGAACUCAACAGUGACGGCUUGACAUGUCAAGAUAUAAACGAAUGCAACCCGGAUGGAAGAUGUUCACAGCUCUGCAAGAACACAAAGGGUAGCUACUAUUGCAGCUGUGUGAAUGGUUACACAUUAGAUGCGGAUAAGCAUACAUGCAAGGCAUUUAAUCAUAGUGCUGCGUUUUUGAUUAUUUCCAAUAGACAUACUAUUCUGGUAGCUGAUCUUCAAGAUCAAGCAUUGGAACGAGUUCCUAUCAAUGUAGAGAACGUCGUGGCGACUGCCAGUAAUAUGCACACAGGUACUAUUUUCUGGUCGGACAUGAAGUUGAAGCGAAUCUCGCGGUUAGAUCGUGGUAGUGAUCCUCAAGACAUCAUUAGUACUGGUUUAGAUUUGGUAGAAGGCCUAGCCUACGACUGGAUUGGCCAGAAUCUGUACUGGUUAGACUCAAAGCUGAAUACAAUCGAAGUUGCUAAGGAGACUGGAGUUGGAAGGAUGAUUCUCGUUAAAGAGAAUAUUACACAGCCACGUGGAAUGUGUUUAGAUCCCAGCGAAGGUGCGAGAUGGCUCUUCUGGACCGAUUGGGGUGAAAACCCUAGAAUCGAAAGAAUUGGAAUGGAUGGCACCAAUCGAUCUACUAUUAUCAGUACAAAGAUUUACUGGCCUAACGGUCUUGCGCUAGAUAUUGCAAAUCGCAGAAUAUAUUUCGCAGAUAGCAAAUUAGACUUUAUCGAUACUUGUAAAUAUGAUGGCAGCCAGAGACUUCAGGUUUUAGCCAGCUCGCACUACCUUCUACAUCCCCAUUCACUUACUCUCUUCGAGGAUACUAUGUAUUGGACUGAUCGACAGCUCAAUCGAGUUCUCUCUGCACACAAAUUUAAGGGUUCUAAUCAGACGGUGGUGUCGCAUUUAAUUUCGCAGCCUCUUUCCAUACAUGUGCAUCAUGCAGUCCUACAACCGAUCACUGCAAAUCCUUGCGCCAACACAUCUUGUGAACACUUAUGUCUUCUAUCGCCUAAUCCAAAAGGAUACAGUUGUAAAUGCCAGGUUGGAUUUAAAAUACUAUCUGAUGGACGUUGCAUGGAAGAGGAGACACCAUACUUAAUGGUUCUUCGAGGUUCUCAGAUCAUUGACAUUUCUUUGACGCCUAAAGAAACCAAAACUGGAUACAUCACGCCUAUCGUAGGUGUGGAAGGCGGAAGAUUUAUCGAAUAUGACAGAAGAGAUCGUACUAUCUACUGGUUGCAAAGCAAAGAUAGCGAUAACGAGAACGGUACGAUUUAUGCCAUUCCCUAUAAUGGUGGCAACCGGACGGAGUUUCCAAAUCCUUCUGGUGAUACUGGUAUUGUCGGUUCACCAUCCACUAUGGCACUGGAUUGGCUUGGACGAAAUAUGUUUAUUGGCAACAAAUUUGCAUCUAAUAUCGAAGCUAUCAAAUUAGAUGGCAAGACACGAUUCCGCACAAUCGUUUUAUCAAAUGAUGGAAAUCGAACGUCAGUAUCUAAACCAAAGGCGAUGUGCGUUGAUCCUAUUGACGGACAAGUGUUUUGGGUGGACGAUGGAGGUUUCGGAGUGCCUCAGAAGAUUGGGCGGGUUAAUAUGGACGGCAGCAAUCCGCUAGUUCUUAUAGAGAGUCUAGAACGCCCUGAAGCAAUUACUAUCGAUAUACCUAGCAAAACGUUAUACUUCUCAAGCAAAAAUCCAGUUUUUAUCAAAGCUAUGUCAACGGACGGUCAGAAUGUUCGUACCAUUCUCACUGCGGCAAGUAACAUGGCAAUGCCUAAGGCAAUAGCUGUCCAUGAAUCUCGUCUAUACUAUUUGGACUCACUUUUUGAUAAGAUCGAGCGUGUUGAUUUGCCUAAUGGCGAUAACCCAACCAUUAUCAUUGAUAACGACUCUGAGCUUCGUACUCUAACCAUUUAUAAAAAACGUGCAACUGGAUCUCAUCCAUGUCUCAUAAACAACGGAGGUUGUGAACAGCUUUGUCUACCUGCGUCUGGAGGUACACGCGUUUGUGCUUGCGGAAUGGAAUAUAAGAAGGUUACGGAAACCAGCUGCGAACCUUACAAAACUUUCGCAGUGGUAACUCAGCUGGAUGUUGCUAGAGGUUAUAGUCUUAAAGAUUCCAAAGAAGCUAUGAUACCCAUUACUGGACCUGGCCAUCAUAUCCUCCAUGUUGAUGUACAUUACGCAGGAAACUGGAUAUAUUGGGUGGAAUUCAAUCGAGGCUUUUGGAAUGGUAUUUUUAGAAUACGACCCAAUGGAACGGAAUUGCAACAAGUAAUCAAACAAGGAAUUGGUUCCAAUGGAAUUCGUGGUUUAGCAGUGGAUUGGAUAGCUGGGAAUUUAUACUUUGCUAAUGUUUUCCCUCACGAUAACUACGUGGAAGUCUGCUGGUUAGAUGGUUCCAAUCGAAAGGUGCUUGUGAAGAUGACGACAGAUGCUCCUCGGGAGUUAGCUGUAAAUCCUAUCAAACGAUACUUGUACUGGAUUGAUUAUGGACAAUAUCCUCGAAUAGGCAAAGCCUUCCUCGAUGGUAGCAAUUGGUCCCCUAUUGUGACGUCCGGUAUUAGCACACCUCGCGAUCUAACGAUUGAUCUCGCAACACACGACGUUUACUGGGUGGAUUCGAAAUUGGACACCAUCCAAAAAGUGUCUUACACUGGUGGGAAUCGAGAAAUCAUUCGUAGAAAUGUACCAAAUCCAAUGGGCGUUGCCAUUUUCGGCGGAGACGUCUACUGGGUUGAUCGAAAUUUGGCCACCGUUUUUAAGGCGAGCAAAUUGAAGGGCAAUACCAGCCUUCCUAUUCCUGUUAGAACAAAUUUACAAAAGCUUAGAGACAUUGCGAUCUUUGAUCAAAACAGUCAACCACCAGAUAUCACAAAUCCUUGCGCGCAGGUAACAAAUGGCGGAUGCUCUCAACUGUGCUUCGCUUUUCCGAAGGACAAUCCUAAAUCGUUCACUUGCGAUUGCGCAGUGGGUGAACUUUCCUCCGAUGGUCGUAACUGUGAAAACGUUCAAGAAUAUUUGGUAUUCGCCACGCGAACCGAAAUCCGUGCUAUUAAUUUAGAUCCACACAACACUAAUGUGCCUUUUGCACCUGUUGGAAACCUGACAAAUGUAGUCGGAGUGGAUUUUGAUUAUCAGGAUAAGAAAUUGUUGUUCACUCAGAUUCGUCCUUGGGCGAAGAUCGCGUGGACGCCGUCGGAUCGACCGUCCUCCUCCGAUCUGCACACACUAAUCAGUAAAGGAAUUAAUCCCGAAGGCAUUUCAUAUGAUUGGACUCAAAAGAAGGUAUAUUGGACAGAUUCGUCCAAUAACAGCAUCUACGCAAUGGACAUCGACGGAUCUAAUUUGGUGAUGAUUGCGCGCGUAGAUCGUCCGCGCGCCAUCGUUGUUGAUCCCUGCAACGGGUCGCUUUACUUCACGGAUUGGGGUCGUUUUGGAACAUCUGGGAAAAUAUUCAAAACGACUAUGGCGGGGUCGCUGAAACGCACUAUUAUCGAUAAAGAUCUUUCGCAACCCAGUGGCCUAGCAAUCGAUUACGAGGAUCGAAUGUUGUAUUGGACCGAUGCUGUACGUGAGAAGAUUGAGCGGUCUGAUCUCGAAGGGAAGCACAGGGAAAUUUUGGUUAGCGCUACCAUCUAUCCCUUUGCUAUCACUGUCUACAGGGAGCAUAUUUAUUGGACGGAUCUUCAGCUUCGUGGAGUUUACCGAGCGGAGAAGCACACUGGAGCCGACAAAAUCGAGCUGGUGAAGCGAUUGGAGGAUUCUCCGCGAGAUCUUCACGUCUUUUCCGGAGGUAGACAAAUAUGUAGUGUUAAUCCUUGCAACAUCAGUAACGGCGGCUGUGAUCAGUCCUGCCAUCCGGGCAACAAUGGCUUACCGGAGUGCAAAUGCGACGAUAACAGCAGAUUGGUGAACGAAAAUAGAAUGUGUGUACCGAAGAACGUCACUUGCGAUGGGAACAAGUUUGCUUGUAGAAACGGCAGAUGUAUCUCCCGGAUGUGGGCGUGCGAUGGUGAUGAUGAUUGCGGUGACGAGUCCGAUGAGAAUACCAAUUACUGCUCUCAUCAUUCGUGCAGCCCAAAUGAAUUUCGUUGUAACAACGGUCGAUGUAUCUUCAAAACAUGGAAAUGCGACCAUGAAAAUGACUGUCGGGACGGUAGCGAUGAGGAAGGUUGCGUUUACCCACCUUGUGCACCAGGAGAAUUCACCUGCACUAAUCACCGCUGCAUCCCACAAUCUCAAGUGUGCAACGGUAUUAAUGACUGUAAAGACAACGUUACUUCGGACGAGACACAUGAGCGAUGUCCUCGUAACACUACAUGCCCGUUAAAUCAUCUCAAGUGUGAAAAAACAAACAUUUGUGUAGAGCCCUACUGGCUCUGCGACGGCGACAACGAUUGUGGUGACAAUAGUGACGAAAAUCCGAUUCAUUGUGCUCAAAGGACCUGCCCUCAGAAUAGCUUUCGAUGUCCCAAUCACAGGUGCAUUCCAGCCACUUGGUAUUGCGACGGAGAUGAUGACUGUCUAGAUGGAAGCGACGAGCCUCCUGGUUAUUGCCAAUCCGAAGGUAGAACAUGCUUUGGCGAUCUAUUCACAUGCGACAAUGGCAACUGUAUUCCUAGAAUUUACAUCUGCGAUGGAGACAACGAUUGUCUAGAUAACUCCGAUGAAGACGAGCGUCAUCAGUGCAAUGAUAGAAAAUGUGAUGAAGAAACCGAAUUUACUUGCACCGCGAAUAAGAUGUGGAAUCGCGCCCAAUGUAUCCCGAAAAAAUGGCUAUGCGACGGAGAUCCGGACUGUGUUGACGGGGCUGAUGAGAAUGUAACUUUGCACCACUGUCCAGCUGCAACUCCUUGCGCCGACAAUCAGUUUACGUGUAAAAAUGGGCGGUGUCUGAAUCGUAGCUGGUUGUGCGAUCAUGAUAAUGAUUGCGGCGACGGUAGCGAUGAGGACAAGUUUUGUAAUACCCAGUACAAGCCUUGCAACAGCCAAGAGUUUACUUGUCAGAACUUCAAAUGCAUACGCAAGCAGUUCCGCUGUGACGGCCAAGACGAUUGCGGCGAUCAUUCGGACGAAGUAGGAUGUCCAUCUAAGGGAAAGAAUACAACGUGUCCGAAUCCGAAGGACUUUAUGUGCACGAACGGUAACUGCAUUGACUCGCAGUUAGUGUGCAACAAGGAACCAGAUUGUACGGACGAAAGUGACGAACCCCUGCACUGCAAUGUGGACGAAUGCGCUCGAGUCGAGAUAAAUCAGUGCGGGCAGAAAUGCGUGGAUACACCGACUAGCUUCUACUGCGAGUGCAACCCUGGCUAUAAACUGCUGGCCGACGGCAAAGCCUGUGAUGACAUUGACGAAUGCAUUGAAACGCCUCAAGUGUGCAGCCAGCAAUGUGAGAACACGCCUGGUGGUUACUAUUGCAAGUGCAACGAGCGCUGGUAUGAAAGAGAGGCUGACGAGCAUACAUGCAAGCGAAGGGACAAAGUUCAGCCGUGGAUAGUGUUCACGAAUAAGUAUUAUGUUAGGAACAUGUCGAUCGAUGCGUCCCAAUACAAUUUGAUGCAUCAGGAUUUGAUCAACGUUGUUGCACUUGACGCGGAUUACGCCCAGCAAAUGCUAUACUUCUGCGACGUUACCGCGAAAACAAUAUAUAGAGCACCAGUGAAUGGCGGUGAGAGGGAACCAAUUAUCCGUCACGACAGUCUAGGUCUCGAGGGUAUUGCUAUCGAUUGGGUUGGUCGGAAAUUGUAUUGGUUGGAUCGUCAUGCAAAGCAUUUGGACGUUGCUGAACUUGAUGGCACAAACAGAAAGACUUUGCAAAGCGGAAUAGCAGACCCACGUGCGAUUGCCGUUCAUCCCGGUGCUGGAUACUUAUACUUUACGUCCUGGCAUCUUCAGGCGUACAUCGGUAAGAUGGGCAUGGAUGGUAGCAACUUCACUCGAAUUCUGACAUGGGAGGACGACAUCGCCUGGCCAAACGCCCUGACAAUCGAUUAUUUCACCGAUCGCAUCUUCUGGGCAGACGCCCAUCUAGAUUACAUCGCCUUCGCCGAUCUCGAGGGUCACAAUCGGCGGAUCGUUCUGAAGGGCGCUUCUGUGCCACAUGUGUUCGCCAUCACUGUGUUUGACGAUUUCAUUUAUUGGACUGAUUGGAAUCUAAAAGCGAUUAGUAGGGCGGAGAAGUUCUCUGGUGCGCACCUACAGGUGAUACGCAAUACCACCCAUAGACCCUACGACAUUCACGCCUAUCAUCCUCUUCGACAAUUACCCUAUAACAAUCCCUGUGCGAAUAACAACGGCGGUUGCUCGCAUCUUUGUUUAAUUGCACCGCCCGCUAGCUCGUACUUGCUCGAAGGAUAUGGUCAGCCUGGAGUCACCUCCUAUAAAUGUAAGUGUCCGAAUCAAUUCAUUCUGGACAAGGACGACAAGACAUGCAUAGCGAAUUGUACCGCUGGUCAGCAUCGUUGUGGACCACCCGACGAGAAGUGCAUUCCUUGGUAUUGGAGAUGCGACGGAGAAAAGGAUUGCAAGGACGGUACUGACGAAUCAUCGUUCAGUUGCCCACAAAGGAUUUGUCGGCCAAGUUUCUUCCAAUGCGCAAACAAAAAUUGUACGCCGAGCGUAACAAUUUGUGAUGGAAUUGACGACUGCGGUGACAAAAGUGACGAAGCUAAAUGCGCUCUAGAAUGCGGGGAACUCGAGUUUAAGUGUAAAUCCAAUGGCCGUUGCGUUCACGAUUCUUGGAAAUGCGAUGGGGAUGCCGAUUGUAAAGAUGGUAGCGAUGAAGAUCCUUCCAUUUGCCACAACCGUGUCUGUGAUCCGAGCACUGAGUUCAGUUGCAAGAACGGCAAAUGCAUUCCCAAGCUGUGGAUGUGUGACUCUGACAAUGAUUGCGGCGAUGAUAGCGAUGAGCCGGCAUACAUGUGUCGGCAAAGAAACUGCACGACCGGGUGGCAACGGUGCCCAGGACAUGCAAAUUACCGAUGCAUUCCGAAAUGGCUAUUCUGCGAUGGCAAAGACGAUUGCCGCGAUGGUUCUGACGAGCGUCCGGAAAACUGUCCGAAAUGCGAUCCCACAAUGGACUUCAAGUGCGCCAAUAACCGGUGCGUACCGAAACAGUGGCUGUGCGACUUCGCUGACGAUUGCGGGGAUGGUAGCGAUGAGACAGACGCGAUGUGCAAAGAUAAGUACCGCCAAUGUUCCGAGUCCGAGUUCAAAUGCAAAAAUGGCAAGUGCAUUGCGUCCAGAUGGAGAUGCGACAACGAAGACGAUUGUGGUGACAAUAGCGACGAGGAGCAAUGUCAUCAAUGGGUGUGCAAACAUGAUAGUUUCCGAUGUGCCAGCGGUCAUUGCAUCGCAUCAUAUCUUCGUUGUGACGGAGCGCGAGACUGUCGCGAUAUGAGCGAUGAGAUCAACUGCACACCGAGAUAUCCCGGAGGAAGAUAUUGCCCGCAAUCGCGAUUCCAAUGUAACAACAAUCUUUGCGUCUCGUUGAAUGACAUCUGCGAUGGCACCGACGACUGCGGUGACAAUUCCGAUGAAAAUGCUACCAUGUGUACAAACUUCCAGUGUGAUACACACAGACGGUUCCAAUGUGCCAACCAUAAGUGUAUUGCCAGAUAUCAGCUAUGCGACGGGAUCGACAACUGCGGCGAUGGUUCCGACGAGAACAACAUGACAAUGUGUGUGAAACAAACUCGUCCGUGUGAUCCGAUCACGGAAUAUACCUGCGCGAACAAGAAAUGUAUCGACCAUCAGAAACUCUGCGAUCUCGCGGACGAUUGCGGGGAUCUAUCGGACGAGUUGGGAUGUCAUCACAGUCAUCACUGUUCGGACAAUGAUCGCGGCGGUUGCGCACACGUAUGCCACAACCUCAGUGACGGCGGCUAUAUCUGUGCCUGCUAUCCCGGUUACAUAAUCUCGCAGGAUAAUCGGAAACACUGUGUGGACGUCGACGAGUGCCAAACCGGUAACCAUCAAUGUUCUCACAUCUGCACAAACUUGAAUGGCACAUAUACCUGCUCUUGCCGGCAUGGUUUCCAAUUGUCGGAUAGACACAGUGGUGUAUGCCGCGCUGAAGGUGAUAAUGUUGUCGUGCUGUUUGCCAACGGGCCCGAACUACGAGCGUACGAUCUGCGCACUAGGGAAGAGAUGGACGUGAUAGACAGUGAGAAGAGAGUGCAAGCCAUUGAUUUUGAUCCCAGGACAGAAUAUGUUUUCUGGAUUGAUUCGUAUGACAACACUAUUAAACGGUCCUACAUGGUGAACGCCAAAGAAGGCGAAGCGAAGAUUGGACACGCGCAGGACCUUAAUACGAAAACUGACUCCAGGCCAACAAGUUUAGCAGUGGAUUGGAUCUCCGGUAAUUUGUACUGGAGCGAAAUCGAUCAAUCGGGGACUACUCCUCGUGGCCAAAUUAUGGUAGCUAAAUCGGAUGGCAGAUAUCGACGUAGCUUAAUUACAACGAAUCUCGAACAACCAACAGCAGUGGUCGUAGAUCCCGAGCGAGGGGAAGUUGUGUGGGCCGAUUCGGGUAAUCAACCAAAAAUUGAGAUAGCCUGGAUGGACGGAGCUAGACGCAAAUCACUCGUGACAGAACGGAUUGCUAGUCCUUCAUCGCUCACCAUUGACUAUGCCAUGGAGCAUACACUUUACUGGUCCGAUAGCAAAUUAGACACCAUCGAAGCGAUCAGUUUGGCUGGUACCAACAGAAGAAUCGUUUUGAAAGGCAGAUUACUCAAGAAUCCAAUAGCACUAGAUGUUUUCGAAAACAACCUUUAUUGGACUACUAAACAAACAGGUGAACUUAUCCGACAGGAUAAAUUUGGCAGAGGAGUUCCGCACAUCAUUGUCAAGAAUCUCCCUAGACCUGGAGGAGUCAGAGUCUAUCAUCAGCAGAGAUACAACACCAGUCUGAGAGAUCCAUGUCAUAACGAUCAGUGCACUCAUCUAUGUGUAACAAUUCCUGGUGGCCACCGCUGUCUCUGUUCAGACAACGUUGGCCCUUUCCAACUUUUGAUGAGGGGCAACGAUAACGAGAGGCAUUGCGACGCCACAAAUGAGAGGCCUCUGCCGGCGCCCAGGAUAUGUCGCUGUCAAAACGGCGGACGAUGUCAAGAACUGGAUGAUAAGCUAGCGUGUAACUGUCGCGAAGAAUUUCAUGGCGAAUUCUGUGAAAUGGCGGCGAUUGCCGCUCGAGCAGGCGGAUCUACCGCUGCUAUAGUUAUUCCCAUAGUCAUAUGCCUGCUGGUGUUGUUUGCUGCUGCCGCGAUCUUCAUGGUUCUCAAGAAGCGACCAUUUGGCAAACCUGGUGGCCUUGGUAGUCUUACAGGAGCUCAGAGUGUUUCCUUCCGCCAAGGUAGUAAUGUAGAAUUUGGUGCAGAAGCUCAUGAAAGAAUGGAACCUCUUGAUGUGGAAUACAAUUUGAACGACGUUACUAAUAAAAACCGAGACUUCAGUAACCCAAUGUACGAUGCGGUGAAUAUGGAGAGCGGUGCCACGAAUGGCACCGGCACCGGUAGUUUGUUUGAAGUACCGGCGGAAAUGAAGCCUUCCAGUAUACAGCACAAAGAGCCCCCGCAGUUGCAUUUGAAGAGAAGAGAACUAGACCCGACGCCUAUCGAUUCGGGGAAGGAUACUCAACAACUGGUUGAAGAGGACAAGUCCGAGUGCUAGGAUUAUAAUUUCUAUCUAGGAAUUCCUUCAGAUCUAUUGUGCCUCGAACUUGAAAUGCAGGGUGGAGAUGUUUCACGAGUCUGCAAAGAAUAUAUGAAAGGACACAAACAUAAAUUAAUUUACCAGUUUUACGUAAACACAGUGCGGAUCACUACGCAAUUGCUCGUGUACGUUAUUUAUUAAGCUAUUCACCGAGAUGUUUUUAGUAUAUGUGGCGAUUAAUUCAAGGUUUUGUCUUAUCCAGUGAUAUCCGCGGAUAUGAGAUUAUCGAGAUCUUUGGAUUUUUGAAAAGAAGAAUAUAUCAGGAUUAUAAUUGUUAUAGAGGACAUAAGAGUCUUUUUUGGAUAAACGGGUUAAUAAAACCUCUCAACGAUAAAUUCUGCAGAUAAAUUU